AUGGCAGCAACAUUCUUCGAUGUCGUCUGGCUGUAUCCUAUCAAGGGCAUCCUCUACUUCAUCCUACAUCCGUACCUAUUUCCUCUCUUCAAAGCUCGUCUCCUUCCUAUAUUCCUCCUCUCUGCCUUCAUUUACGCCAACCUGUUCAUCUGGGCAUAUCUUCCGCAGGUUGCCUUCCUCGCCAUCUUCCAUGGGCCAGGUGCCUGGCUGAAUGCAACCUUUCUGGUCCUGGGUGAAGGCGCAGCUAUCGUCGCGCUGCUCUUCGAAGCAUUCUUCGUCGAUGAAACUCUGGUGGACACAUUUGAUGCUGUCCUGAUCGACCAAGGGCUGGCGGACCUCGUUACACAAGGUCGGCUCCUGGAUCCUACUGCCUCGAACUCAGUGCAAAUGCUGGGAAAACCCACGACAUCCGCCAUUUACGCUCCGUUCAGUCUCCGCCAGAUCGUCGAGUUCGUAGUCGUCCUGCCACUCAAUUUCAUUCCUAUUGUCGGUGUACCAAUCUUCCUUGUUCUCACCGGCUACAGGGCGGGGCCAUUCCAUCACUGGAGGUAUUUUAAGCUACUGGGCUUCUCCAAGAAAGAGAGACAGGAAUACAUCAGGCACCGCCAGCUCAAAUACACGUGGUUCGGCGUCGUCACAUUGACAUUGCAGCUUGUCCCCGUGCUGAGUAUGUUCUUUCUCCUCACUUCUGCGGCAGGCAGUGCACUCUGGGUAGCAAAGAUGGAGAAGGCUCGUCGGUCGCGCGAUAAUGCUACGAUCUCAGCUUCAGAGCCAUAUCGAGACAAUGCGGCAUGA